CGACCAUGUCCGAUACUGACAAUACAAGCGCCUUUAAUCCUUCGCGUUCCUGGUGGAAAGAGGCCACCGUGUACCAGAUCUACCCAGUCUCGUUUUUCGACUCCAAUGGCGAUGGCAUCGGUGACCUGAACGGCAUCUACUCCAAACUCGACUACUUGCGCGAUCUCGGCGUCGAUGUCCUUUGGCUUUCUCCUAUCUACCGUUCUCCCUUAGCCGAUAUGGGAUAUGACAUAUUUACGUCUUAUUUUGCGUUUAAAAACAGCUCAGAUUAUCGUGACAUUGACCCCAGGUAUGGGACCCUUGCGGACUGGGACCGCCUGCUUGAGGGUGUGCACGAUCGUGGGAUGAAGUUGAUGAUGGAUCUGGUGGUAAAUCACACUUCUGAUGAGCAUGACUGGUUUCGCGAAUCCAGGUUGAGCAAAAGUAGCCCUAAGCGCGAUUGGUACAUCUGGCGUCCCCCACGAUAUGACGCUGAGGGGAAGCCCGCGCCUCCCAACAACUGGCGCUCUGUAUUCGAAGGCUCCGCGUGGACUUACGAUGACGCUUCCGGGGAAUACUAUCUCCACCUAUACCUCGACAAGCAGCCCGACCUCAACUGGGACAAUCCGGAAGUUCGUGAGGCUGUCUGGUCCCUGAUGAAAUUUUGGAUUGAGCGCGGGUGUGAUGGAUUCCGGAUGGAUGUGAUCAACCUCAUCUCCAAGGUUGAUGGGCUCCCAGACGUACCCGUUGUAGACCCCACUCAGGACUAUCAACUCGCGAGUGUGAUGUACGCAAAUGGCCCCCGCGUGCAUGAAUAUAUCCAAGAGAUGAACCGUAAAGUUCUUUCUCAACAUGAUCUGAUCACGGUCGGUGAAGCUCCCUUUACCCACGAUUCCCGCGGGCUUGCAUCGUUCGUUAUCCCCGAUCGUAAAGAGUUGAACAUGGUGUUUGCAUUCGAGCUUGUGGAAAUCGAUAACGCGGUUGACGGCCCAGCAGCGAACGCAGGCGCAGGCGCAGAUCCGCUUCGGUACCGUUCAUGGAAACUCCCCGAGAUGAAGUCAAUCAUUGAAAAGUGGCAGAACUUACUCCGUGAAGAAGGAUUCUGGAAUGCCGUGUUCAUAGAAAACCACGAUCAAGCACGCUCGGUAUCGCGCUAUGGAAACGAUACGCCUGCGUGGCGUGCACGUUCUGCCAAACUCCUCGCGAUCAUGCAGACGACCCUCUCUGGCACGCUCUAUGUCUACCAAGGUGAAGAAAUUGGCAUGGCCAACUUCUCUUCAAGUUGGCCGAUUGAGGAGUACAAGGAUGUUGCGACACAAAACUACUACAACAGGAUCCUGGAACAAAGGAAGUCUGGGGCCAAGACCAAUGCUUCUAGUCCAGAGGUGGUAGACAUGUCAGACGUUAUGGAUGGCUGUCAACGGAAGGCGCGCGACCACGCGCGCACCCCUGUCCAAUGGGAUAAAACCCCUCACGGUGGUUUCACAACAGGCGCUCCGUGGAUGCGCGUGAACGACGACUAUGCUGAAUGGAACGUCGCAGCGCAACUCCAGAAUCCAGAUAGCGUGUUAACGUUUUGGCGGCGCGCCCUGCAGAUGCGCAAGCAGCAUGCUGUCCUGGUCUACGGUGACUUCUGCAUGCUAAUGCGAGAUAACCUACAUGUGUUUGCCUAUACGCGCACGUUGGGGAUGGCCACGGCGCUCGUAUUACUGAAUUUCAGUAAAGACGAAGUGCAUUUCACGCUACCAGAGGCUAGCAUCGAUAAAUCGAGUUCUCGCCUUGUUUUGGGGAAUAUGAUGAGAGCUGCGGAGCCUGGUAUCGAUCGUAUAACAGCGGAGAUAUGCUUGGAACCUUAUGAAGGUAGAGUUUACUUCCAAGGAUAGGCUGGUUGGAUGGUGUGCGUUGGGCACAUUACAGAGCGUAUCAUUGCACUGUUGGCUCGAGCUUGAAGCUCGCUGAGCGCUCAAGAAAAUUGUUAGACCUCUCAGGCGGCUAGUGGAAGCUGGGUAGAUGCUACAACCCUUGGCGAGCUCGCUCUAGGGUAUAGCGAGAUCUUAUUUGCAGGGCAAUCGGAUCAACUUCGUACCGUACCUCGUCUCUCCCCAAUCUUGUCUCCUCUUAUUGUGUUUUUUGACUGCAAUUUUAUCAUGAUCUAUGCACAACAAGGCAGAGCACCCUUGAUGAUCAUCGC